CGUCCUUCGCCGUCUCCUCCUCCCGGCUCCUUCCCGGCGCCGCUAAGUUUCUGCGCUCCGGAUCGCACGCAGAGCCGGGGCCGGGCCUGGACGGUGUUCCCGCUGCCCUGCCCCGGCGCGCAGACCCUGGGCCCGGCCCCGGCCCCACCGAGCCAUGCUGUGCGGUCCCUGGAGGAGCUGCCGCCGCCCGCCCGAGGAGUCCCCGGUGCCCGCUCGGGACGCAGCGCCCCUCGAGCUCCCGCCCGCGUCCCCGGAGAGCGGCGCCAGGAGGCCCGGGCUGCGCGCGCUGAAGAAGAUGGGGCUGACCGAAGAUGAGGACGUGCGAGCCAUGCUGCGGGGCUCCCGGCUCCGCAAGAUCCGCUCCCGCACGUGGCACCAGGAGCGGCUGUACCGGCUGCAGGAGGACGGCCUGAGCGUGUGGUUCCAGAGGCGCAUCCCGCGCGCGCCCUCCAAGCACAUCUUUUUCGUGCAGCACAUCGAGGCCGUCCGCGAGGGCCACCAGUCCGAGGGCCUGCGACGCUUCGGAGCCGCGUUCGCGCCCGCGCGCUGCCUCACCAUCGCCUUCAAGGGCCGCCGCAAGAACCUGGACCUGGCGGCGCCCACGGCCGAGGAGGCGCAGCGCUGGGUGCGGGGCCUGGCCAAGCUGCGUGCGCGCCUCGACGCCAUGAGCCAGCGCGAGCGGCUCGACCACUGGAUACACUGCUAUCUGCACCGCGCAGACUCCAACCAGGACAGUAAGAUGAGCUUCAAGGAGAUCAAGAGCCUGCUCAGGAUGGUCAACGUGGACAUGAACGACAUGUACGCCUACCGCCUCUUCAAGGAGUGCGACCACUCCAACAACGAGCGGCUGGAGGGCGCAGAGAUCGAGGAGUUCCUGCGGCGGCUGCUGGCGCGCCCGGAGCUGGAGGAGCUCUUCCACAGCUACUCCGGCGAGGACCGCGUGCUGAGCGCCCCGGAGCUGCUGGAGUUCCUGCAGGACCAGGGCGAGGAGGGCGCCACCCUGGCCCGCGCCCAGCAGCUCAUUCAGACCUAUGAGCUCAACGAGACAGCCAAGCAGCACGAGCUGAUGACGCUGGAUGGCUUCAUGAUGUACCUGUUGUCGCCUGAGGGGGCUGCCUUGGACACGGCCCACAUGUGUGUCUUUCAAAACAUGCACCAGCCCCUCACCCACUACUUCAUCUCCUCCUCCCACAACACCUAUCUGACCGACUCCCAGAUCGGGGGACCCAGCAGCACAGAGGCCUAUGUUAGGGCCUUCGCCCAGGGGUGCCGCUGCGUGGAGCUGGACUGCUGGGAGGGGCCCGGCGGGGAACCCGUCGUCUACCACGGCCACACGCUCACCUCCAAGAUCCUCUUCCGGGAUGUGGUGCAAGCCGUGCGUGACCACGCCUUCACGCUGUCGCCAUACCCUGUUAUCCUGUCCCUGGAGAACCACUGCGGGCUGGAGCAGCAGGCUGCCAUGGCCCGCCACCUCCGCACCAUCCUGGGGGACAUGCUGGUGACAGAGGCCCUGGACCCCCAGAACCCCGAGGAGCUGCCAUCCCCAGAGCAGCUGAAGGGCCGCGUCCUGGUGAAGGGGAAGAAGCUGCCAGCCGUGCGGGCCGAGGACGGGCGGGUUUUAUCAGACCGGGAGGAAGAGGAUGAGGAGGAGGAGGAGGAGGAAGAGGAGGCAGAGGUGGCAGAGCAGAGGCGUCGGGCCAAGCAGAUCUCCCCGGAGCUGUCGGCUCUGGCCGUGUACUGCUGCGCCACCCGCCUGCGGACCCUGUGCCCCGGCCCCGGCCCCCCUCAGUCCUGCCGGGUCAGCUCCCUCAGCGAACGCAAGGCCAAGAAGCUCAUCAGGGAAGCAGGGAACAGCUUCGUCAGGCACAACACCCGGCAGCUGACCCGCGUCUACCCGCUGGGCCUGCGGAUGAACUCUGCCAACUACAGCCCCCAGGAGAUGUGGAAUGCGGGCUGUCAGCUGGUGGCCUUGAACUUCCAGACGCCGGGCUACGAGAUGGACCUCAAUACCGGGCGCUUUGUCAUCAACGGGCAGUGCGGCUAUGUCCUGAAACCUGCCUGCCUGCUGCAGCCCGACUCCACCUUUGACCCUGAGUGCCCCGGGCCCCCCAGAACCACCCUCACCGUCCAGGUGCUGACUGCCCAGCAGCUGCCCAAGCUGAACGCCGAGAAGCCCAACUCCAUUGUGGACCCACUGGUGCGCGUGGAGAUCCACGGGGUGCCCGCGGACUGCGCACGCAGGGAGACCAGCUACGUGCUCAACAACGGCUUCAACCCCCGCUGGGGGCAGACCCUGCAGUUCCAGCUGCGGGCUCCAGAGCUGGCGCUGGUCCGCUUCGUGGUGGAGGAUUACGACGCCACGUCCCCCAACGACUUUGUGGGGCAGUUCACCCUGCCGCUCAGUAGCCUGAAGCAAGGGUACCGCCACAUCCACCUGCUGUCCAAGGACGGAGCCUCCCUGUCCCCAGCCACGCUGUUCAUCCACAUCCGCACCCAGGGCUCCUGAGGGCCCCCGCGCCACCCUGGCUCCCUGGCUCGGCUGAGGGCGGGACGCACGCCAGGUGCUGGUCUCACUUGGCUGCUGACGCCACAGCUGCUCUGCUGUUCAGAGUUCCCCCCUGAAGCACAGGCCAGGCCACUGGUCUGUUCCCCGCCGAGCUGCUCAUGGGACCUCCCCACUCCUAGGGCCUGGACAUGGCCCUGAUCUGCUCCUCCUGUCCUCAGCCCACCCCCCACCCCCUGUCUGCUGCUGGCAGAUGUGGGGAGCAGGACCCGGUGAGCCCUCAGCCAUCCCAGCCUCGACCCCUUGCCCCACCGUGGGCAUCGGCCGGCCUCAGCCUGUCUCCCCACGUAGGUGUUCCCCUAGCUGUAGAACCUGAGUCCCCUUCUCUUCCCAGACAAGAAGGGAGCCGAGGCCAGGGAUUUUGGCAGUAGGAUUUUGUGUCUUAGAAGAGCCCUGAAGAGGCCAUAAUGAGGUUAUUUGAAAAAAUAAAGAGGCUUGGCCGGCGCCGCAGCUCAAUAGGCUGAUCCUCCGCCUGCGGCGCCAGCACCCCAGGUUCUAGUCCUGGUCGGGGCACCGGAUUCUGUCCCGGUUGCCCCUCUUCCAGGCCAGCUCUCUGCUGUGGCCCGGGAAGGCAGUGGAGGAUGGCCCAAGUGCUUGGGCCCUGCACCCGCAUGGGAGACCAGGAGAAGCACCUGGCUCCUGGCUUUGGAUCAGCGCGGUGCGCCGGCCGCAGCGGCCAUUGCAGGAUGAACCAAUGGAAAAGGAAGACCUUUCUCUCUGUCUCUCUUUCUCACUGUCCACUUUGCCUGUCAAAAAAUAAAAAUAAAAAAAAAAUUUAAAAAAACAGGCUGUUUCACCCCUGCUGCCCCUCACGCCUCUAUGACCCCACAGCCGCACGGGGAGGGACCUGGCUGGGGAGGGAGUCCGCUGGGCUUCUUCGCCAGCUCAGCUUGGACUAGCCCGAGGCAGCAGGAGAUGCCACAGCUCAGAAUAGCUCUGACCCUGCUCUUAGCAAAGCUGCUGCCAGCAUCAUGAGACACAGUCACACUCACUGCCUCAGACACAGGAGGGACUGCAAACGGGGAGGGGGCAGGACUGUCAGGGACCCCAGACCUCACUUUCCAGGACACAUGCCAAGGACUUGAGGCUCCCCUUCCCCCAGCCUAACAGCUUGUCAGAAAAGAAUGGUGAACCACCAGAGGGUGGCCUGGGAUUGGGCGGGGCUAGGGCUUGGAUCAGCUCCAAGUCUUGCAGGAACCAAACCUGGGGCUGGGGCAGAUGCUGAGAGUGCUGUUUGGUUCAGAUGAUUUCCUGAGUUGAACAAGGACGACCAGAGCCUCAAGGGGCGCAGAAGGGAUGCACUGGGGAGCCCGGGUCCUGGGGUGCUCAGGGCAGUUGGGAGGGCCAGGCAGCCAAACCGUAACCCCAAGGUGGGAGGCAUGGCAGGGCUGAGUGUUUUAGUGCAUGAGGAGCCAUGAAGAGCCGUGGGUCCCCCAGAGCCAGCUCUGGACAGGUCCUGGCUGGGGGUUGUGCCAGGCGAGCACCAGACUCAGGGCUGAGCCCCUUAUCGGCUUCUCCUUUCUGGGUUAGUGUAGCCGGAGGCAGGGUUGUCAGCUAGGACGAGCACCCCACCCCACCCCCCCCCGGAGAACUGCUUUGAGGGCAAGAGUUUGAGGCUAAGGGUAGAUGGGAGCCACAGUGGCGACCUCCCGCAGGGCUGUGUUCUCCCAGCCCAAAGCUAAGGCAAGAGUGAAGGCAAGAGCCUGCAGGAGCCGGAGCAACCUGGGCUGGGAACGGGAGGCUCGGGAGGUGUCAGGCAGGCCGGGCGUCCUCUCAGGUUCCUUGGAAAGGGCCUUGGAGGCAGCAGCCACAGGGCCGGGAUAGGAGCAUGGGGUGAGUUCCAAAAGGUACGAGGCAACGUGAAGGCUAAAUGCGGCUCCAGGGCCCAGCCGCGGGCCCCAUGGUUCAUGGAGGCCUCAGGACACGGUGGAAAGGCCUGGUGCCUGAAGGAGCCGCUGUGGACCUGGACCGAGGGGCUGGGACUGGCUCUCUGCCAGGGUGCUAGGUGCCGGCCCAGGGCCCAGCUGCUUCUCCGGUGUGGACUUGGGUCAGCACCACUCCUCUCUGGUGGGAGGGAAGAUGUUCCGUGUGGCCGCUGCCAUGGGCCCUCCUUGCAGGGCUGUCAUCCACUCCAGGCCAGGGCCCAGGCCCCAGCGGUUCCAGUGCCACCUGCUGACCAGAGGAAUACCAGGACGGCAGAACAGUUUGUUCAGCUGCUUCCUUUAUUAGAAACAAGUGAGACGGAUUGAAUAGAACAAUUCAUUUGGUAUUUCCUCCCCCACCCUGGAAAUGGAUGCCCCCCACAGCUCAAAGAAAAGCCGAGACAGAAAGGUGAAGCUGCCGCCUCCAUUUGCAGAGGGACCUGCCUGCCAGUCAGUACUUGCGUUUCAUUGGGUGAACUCGUCCUGAACAGCCUCUAGGAGCAGUCCGUCUGCAGGCCCGGCCCCACCCUGCAGCAAGGCAAGACCGGGGCCUCGGGUCUCCUCUGGUGUGGCAGUGGGGUGGGCGCCGGCCAGAACCACUCCUGCCCCUCCCCUGACCAGACAGUGAGGUCCUCUCCUGCUUCUAGACUGCAACCAGUGAAGCUGCCCCAGGCCCUGGGCCCUUCGGCUGGUCAAAUGCUGGUCAUUCCUGGGGAAAACCCAAGCCCACAAGGACACCCACCUCUGGGCUUCCGAGAGCAAGUAGGGGGUGCAGUGGCAGUUGGAAGGGAGUUGCAGGCAAGGCCUGGAAUCUUCCACGAACCUGGGAGUUCAAGUAGCUUGGUGUGGGCCGGCCUUCCAAGCCAACAUCUUCGGCAACAGGCAUGCAGGGGAAACGGGCUUGACAUGGGCACCGGCCUGGCACGAGGCCUCCUUCCUGCCUGGUUCUCCCUCUGCACGGAGACGGCGUCCGUGAGGUCAGCGCAGAGGCAAAG